CAUGAUGAUUUUUGAGCAGGAUUUUGUGAAGGAAUAGAGUGAUUGAGUAUUAUGUAGGUUCCAUUUUGACGUGGGAGGUUAACAAGAUAACAGAGAAGAUGAGGUCUGUCUCCAGUACCUAAAGACAGCCUUAAGCGUGACAAUUUAAACCUCUUUCUGACAUCAUCCAAGUGCUGAAGCUAAGAAGAGAAAAAUGGCCGAUGAGGAGACAGACGGAGCUCACAUUUUAGUGAAUGCUCUUGUCGAUCAAGGAGUAGAGUACAUGUUUGGGAUUGUUGGAAUUCCUGUUGUCGAGGUGGCAGUAGCAGCACAGCAAGCAGGAAUCAAGUAUAUUGGAAUGCGCAAUGAACAAGCAGCAUGUUACGCAGCACAAGCUAUUGGAUACCUAACUGGCCGUCCAGGGGUUUGUCUUGUGGUCUCGGGCCCUGGCCUUCUGCAUGCCAUAGGGGGGAUGGCCAAUGCCCAGAGUAAUGCCUGGCCGGUGCUGGUUGUUGGCGGCUCAAGCGACCAGGACCAGGAGGGCUGCGGUGCCUUCCAGGAGUGCCCGCAGGUGGAAGCAUGUCGCCUGUACUGUAAAUACUCCGCCCGCCCCCCAAGGCUCGACACAAUCCCUUACCACGUAGCAAAGGCCAUCAAAUCCACUACUUAUGGACGUCCAGGAGCUGCUUAUUUGGACUUCCCCGGAAAUCUGUUGAAUGAGAAGACAAGUGAGAGCUCAAUCCAGCCAUUUCCAAGGAACCCUGCCCCACCAGUGUCAUUGGCUUGCCCAGAGAAAGUUUCAGAAGCAGCGGCACUCUUGUCAGGUGCCAAGAGGCCACUGAUCGUUGUGGGAAAGGGAGCUGCUUAUGCACGUGCCGAGGACCAAGUCAGAGCUCUGAUCGAGAAGACAGGACUGCCUUUCCUGCCCACACCUAUGGGUAAAGGGGUAGUGGCUGAUGAUCAUCCCCAGUGUGUUGCCGCUGCAAGGUCUCGCGCUCUCUUGGAAGCCGAUGUCAUCUUGCUUCUUGGGGCGAGACUCAACUGGAUGCUGCAUUUUGGACGCUCUCCCAGAUUCGCUCCUGGGGUCAAGUUCAUCCAUGUAGACUUAUGCCCAGAGGAAUUCCACAACAGCGUAACUGCAAGCGUAGCUCUCCUCGGAGAUUUGAAGCCAAUAUGUGUCCAGUUGCUGAAGGAGGUUUCAGGCCAGCUUAUCCCCCAUGACUCACCCUGGUGGGCUAGGUUGGAGGAAAAAGCACAGGCAAAUAUGCAGAUUAAUAGAGCCAUGGCUGAAGAUGUAUCAGUCCCUCUGAACUACUAUGCAGUGUUUAGCCACCUCCAACAACUAUUACCUUCAGACAGCAUCAUCGUCAGCGAGGGAGCCAACACCAUGGACAUUGGUCGGACAUUUCUGCUGAAUAGGCUUCCACGCCAUAGACUCGACGCAGGCACUUUUGGGACCAUGGGGGUGGGUCUGGGCUUUGCCAUUGCCGCAGCCCUCUAUGCCAGAGACCACGCCCCAGGUCAGAGGGUUGUCUGUGUUGAGGGAGACUCAGCGUUUGGAUUCAGCGGCAUGGAGUUGGAGACCAUUUAUAGAUACAACCUCCCUAUCGUUGUCAUUAUUGUCAAUAAUAAUGGUAUCUAUGGAGGCCUAGACAAGGAACUCUUCCAGGACAUCCGCGAUGGAAUGGAUGUCACCAUCGCAACGCCACCUACUUCACUGCUGCCAAGCGCACGUUAUGAACGCAUGGCCUCAAUCUUUAAUGAAUCAGGACACCUCUGCACCACUAUCCCAGAGCUGGAGUCUGCUGUCAAGCUGUCUCUUGCAGAGACCCAGAAACCAUCGCUGAUUAAUGUGCUGAUCAACCCCAUGGCACAGCGAAAGGCUCAGGAUUUUGACUGGCUUACUCGGUCAAAGAUAUGAGCAGAGAGGCAUUUUUCAAUUUUUUUUUUCUCUUGUAAGCAUAGAUGUGAAUUAUGAUAAUUCCACAAGAUAUGCAAUGAACAUUUUAAUAGUGCAACUUCAACAGAAUUAAGGGCAAUAAUGUGAUAUGAAUCACAUAUUUCACAUUCUAUAGUUAUUCAUUCUCAUUCUUACUUAUUCACAAAAAGGGAAAGAAUGAAUAACUGACAUUACUGUAUUAGGCUACAUGUAACAUCAAAAUAGUAAUCAUCAUCAGAGUUACAUGGAAAAUAUAAGUUACAUACCUUGCACUAUUGCAUUAUUAAUUUUCAUACAUAUUUGCCAUCAAUGAUUAUUUUUUUCUUUCAUCUAAGGACAAAGAGAUUCUAUUGAUAAUAUAAAAUGUGCUUCAGAACCAGUGUAUUAGCUUUAGUAUAAGAAGUUUCUAUAUGUGAUUGUAUAGUUUUGUGAAUUGUUAUUUUCAGAUUAUAUUGUUGAUAUUAAAAAUGAACUGAA